AUGGCCUCUUGGGUUCAGACGGACGCAACGUUGACCGACAGCCUGUUCAGUUAUGACUCGGUUCGUCUGUUUGAUCCGUCAACCGAAAUCCGUCUGCUCGACCUCCAUCCCGGGUCUACUUAUACGGACGACCUAUCCGGCUACAUCUACACUGUGCCUAUCUCCCAAGCUCCCAGCUAUAUCGCGCUUUCAUACGUUUGGGGGGACAGCACCAGGACGCAUGAGAUUUCAGUGGUCAAUGAAGUCAACGAUGGCAGAGGAGCUUUUGUAACUCUUCGUCUGACAACAUCCCUGGAUACUUGCCUCCGCCAUUUUCGAACACUCCAGCGCCAGUGGCAGAUUGAGCCCCUGCCCCUAUGGAUUGACCAGCUAUGUAUCAACCAAGAAGACGACAAGGAAAAGUCCUUUCAGGUUCUGCUCAUGAAAGAUAUCUACUCGUCUGCACAUCAAGUCAUCGUUUGGCUAGGCCCUGCUGCUGACGGCUCCGACAAAGUAAUGGAUGCCUUUGCAGACAUUGGUCAAGAACUUCUCGAUAAGAUCGGCGACCAUAUCUCAGAAGGACAGUGGCUUUCCGUCGAUCGCCUCAUCGAGAAGAAGAUCGAACAACCUGGUGUCGUUGCUUUCUUGAAGAAAGCAUACAAGGUUGUCUAUGUAUUGAAGAGGGAUGACUAUUUUGCGCGCUGGCAGAAAAGACCAUGGUUCACGCGAGUGUGGACUAUACAGGAGUUCUGUCUCUGUUCGGAUACGAUUUUUGCUUGUGGCUACAAGGUCGUCCCUGAGAAAUUGGUUUCCGCAGUCGCCGAUCUCGUGAACUGCAUUGUGAUGGACAGAUGCUUGCGUGAACGUCUAGAGACACCUGACACACCUACUUAUUGCAUUCUCGCCUCAUGUUUCCUUAAAUUGCACUUGCUCUUCCAACGUCGGGUGCACUGCCAGUACCCGAAUGCAAAAGAAACGCUGGAACACCUCCUUGUAGAACUCUUUGCUGGAUCUACAAGGUUUUACGCUACAAAUCAGCGCGACAAAGUGUACGGAAUUCUUGGCUUAGCGGGGGACGCGGAUGAGCUUGGGAUUCGGCCGGAUUAUUCUCCGUCAACAACCAAUGCGCAAGUGUGGACACAAACCGCAAGAGCGAUAAUCGAAAAGAAAUGGAAAACACAACGGGUCAGAGGUUUAUACAUCCUUCGUUAUGGGAGUCUGGGACAACGAAGGUCUACCCAACCGGGGGAAGGAAUGAGCAGCACCAAGAACGAGAGGGAAGUACCGUCAUGGGUGCCUGAGUGGGACAAGGAGAUGAAUAAGACGUAUGUAGGAACCACGUCAUUCUCAGCCUGUGGGAAGUUCAGAACAGCGGGUUUGGUACCUACUUCAUCCCCUACGAUUCUAGGCGUCCAUGGCUUUUGCGUGGAUACUAUCGUGGACCUAGGAGAGCUGGCACCGGCUGACCAUGUGGGUUAUCGUGACGGUCCUAAGAAAAUCGUUGAAUUUUUCGACUCUGUCAAAAGGUUGUUGAGGAUGUCUAAGCAGAACAAAUGGGCCAAAAACAUUUAUGCAAGUACUACUCACCAUGAUGCUGCCUUAUGGCGAGUGCCUAUUGGGGAUCAGUAUGUCGCGUACGGGGUUGGCCAACAACAUACGAAAAGGACAGACUCGAAAGUGGAAUCAGUAUACCGGAAAUUCAUGGCAUACUACGAGGACUAUGCCAGCCGGGAAGGUGAUUGGAAUGACUAUGUUACAGCCCACAAAGCGGGAGAUAAGCAGGUCAACUUGGCGGCGGACAUGCACAUGGAUGAGCUUCUGGCGGAGGGAUAUUAUAUAGCCUUGCUGUACAUGCAGGGCAAACGCCCGUACCUCACACAGAAUGGAUAUCUAGGCAUGGGUCCGGGGCACUCAAAGCCCGGCGACAAAGUGGUUGUAUUCCACGGCGACACGAUUCCGUACGUGGUACGACCGGUGCCGGAAAAGGGGGACAAGAAGUACCUUUUGAUGGGGGAAGCAUACUGCGAUGGGAUUAUGGAUGGGGAACUCGCUGAUACGGCGGAGAGGGAGGAUUUCUUUCUUGUCUGA